CCCUAUAUUUUGGUGGGCAAUUCCGUUCAAACAUGAAUUUUGGAGUCUAUUAAAGGUGCUCAGGAAAUUGGCAAUAAUUCGGAGUGUUUGUUCUAUAUGCUUUUCUCGGGAAAACUAAUAUAUAAUAGCAUACAAAUCGAAAAGCAAUUAUCUCGUGAACAAUAUAGCCCAAAAUAGUGCACGUGACUAUUAGCAGGGUAUCGACGUUCGAGUGCUGUCAAAUCUCUUUUCGUUUUGUUUACAUCUUACGGCCUUACAAAAAUGGGUAAAAGCGAGAAGAAAUCAAAGAAAAAGCACAAGGAGAAGCGCAAGGAGCACAAGGAGAAGCACAAGUCUAGGAAAUCUAAAAAGCACACCAAGCAAAAGGACGCAACUCCGCCGCCCCAAGCGCCGCCGCCACCUCCACCGCCGGACAUUAGCAGCGAUGAAGACUUUGCCAUACCAAUAGCACUGAUGAACAGCAAAUCCCAUGCGCCCGAGACACCGGAGGAAUACCAGCGCCGUCAGAGUCAGAUACGUCGCGAAGUGGAUCCCGUGACCGGUCGCAUACGCCUCAUCAAGGGCGACAGUGAGGUGCUGGAGGAAAUCGUGAGUAAAGAGCGCCACACGGACAUCAAUAAAAAGGCCACACGUGGCGAUGGCGAGUACUACGAAUCCCGAUCUCUCGACGCGGCUCGUCGCAAAAAAUAAUGACCAAAGUAAAACAGUACAGAAAAACCCUUAAGAAUUAGUAUUAAUUAAUAACUGUCAGUUUAAUAAACAAAUGCUAGCUCGGAGACUAUUUA